AUGUCGCAUCCAGUCGCCUCGUCAAGGGCUCUCCAAGGCGCCCUCAGGAGCCUCCCUGCGCAGCAAUGCCGGCGUUGCUUCUCCAGCAGCGCAUUCCAGCCGAAGCAGCUCCGGCCGGUCGUCCCUCGAUCACCGGUCCAGUCCAGACAGCCGAUUACACAGAAGCGAACGAAAUACAAGACGAUCGAGCAGGCCAAGAGCCGGUAUAGCACGGGGCCUUUUUCGUGGAAAGCGGCCGUCUUGUUCGUGAUUACAUGCGGUGGCCUCGUCUGGUACUUUGAGCAUGAGAAGGAGCGCAUGCAGCGGAAGAGGAUCGCAGAGGCGACCAAGGGCGUCGGCCGUCCCAAGGUUGGAGGAUCCUUUGAGCUGACGGAUCAGAACGGGAAGCCCUUUACCAGCGAGAUGAUGAAGGGCAAGCACUCAUUGGUCUACUUUGGAUUCACGCGCUGCCCCGACAUCUGCCCCGAAGAGCUCGACAAGAUGGCCCGCAUGCUGGAUAUCGUCGACGCCAAGCUUCCCAACAACCAGCUGCUCCCCAUCUUUGUGACGUGCGACCCGGCGCGAGACGAUCCCGCGGCGCUCAAGACCUACCUCGCCGAGUUCCACCCGAAGCUGAUCGGCUUGACUGGGACAUACGACCAGAUCAAGGACUUGUGCAAGAAGUAUCGCGUGUACUUUAGCACGCCGCGAGAUGUGAAGCCUGGGCAGGACUACCUGGUCGACCACAGCAUAUACUUUUACCUGAUGGACCCGGAGGGCGAUUUUGUGGAAGCGCUGGGGCGACAGCACUCGCCGGAACAGGCGGCGCAGCUGAUUAUUGAUCAUAUCAAGGAUUGGAAGAACAGCCAUUAG